UCAUCACAGCCUCCGCCGCCGCCUCCUUCGUUAACGGGAUUCAUAUCGUCGAUUGAACCGUCACAGGACGAGUCCCCGUCACUAUCAGACCUCAGAAGUGCGCUGUUUUCCGAAAUCAACAAAGGCCCGGAUAUAACAAAAGGUUUGAAAAAGGUCACCGCGGAUAUGCAGACACACAAGAACCCGGCUCUAAGAUUGCAUGAGCCCGUAGUAGAGGAACACGUUCAGGAAACGAAGUCCGGCGUCAAGGUACAUUCAAAAGUGACUGGGCCCCCUCUGAUCCAGUGCGAGGGUGGUAAAAAGUGGAUAAUCGAGAAUCACGUCAGUAACCAGAACAUUACUGUCCAGAUCGCGGACAUGAAGCAGGUGGUCUAUAUCUACAACUGUGUGGACAGUCUUGUUCAGCUAAAGGGCAAGGCAAAUUCCGUCACUCUAGACAAUUGUAAGCGACUCAGCCUUGUGUUUGAAAAUCUGGUGUCGUCAGUUGAAGUGAUCAACUGUCAAAAAGUGCAAAUCCAGACACUUGGCACCAUGCCGACGGUGACAAUUCAGAAUACGGAUGGUUGUCAGAUAUACUUAAGCAAGGAAUCGCUGAACGCCGAAAUCGUCUCUUCGCGGUCUUCUGAAAUGAACAUGCUGGUGCCGGACAACUCUGGCGAAUUUCACGAAUUUAACAUACCUGAGCAGUUCAAAUCUGUUUGGAAUGGCAGAAAGGUGGAUACCUUCCCCGCGGAUCUUAUUUGA